AGAUGUGCUACUCCAGGCCCACUACCUCCACAUCAAGCAUAUCCUCCGAGCUAACUGCAACAAAGCACAACCUCCAGACGAAUGCCAAACAAUCAAGAUUCUCGCUGACCUCUCAUCUACUACACUGCGCAAGCAGAACGAUGGAGUCAGAUUCCGCUGGGGUUAUCCGACCAAGAUGAUAGUCACCAGGGAAGGAACCACGGCGGUCAUCACCUCAUCGAAAAAUGAACUCCGCCAGCUACAGACCUGGGGUAUGACGACCCAACAGCCUGAAACGAGAACUUCACCCUCGGGAAGGUUACCGCUAGAGUCGAACAGAAUGCCCAUCAAGAGAGACUAA